AUGGCCGACUACAACAAGACCGGCGAGAUCCACGAGGAAGCGAAAGAGCUCGCUGACGAGGCCAUGGGCAAGAAGUCAUCCACAACCUCAUCGACCACUUCUACCAUCCAGAAGAACGCCGACUCCAUGACCUCUUCAUCGAACAACCAGACAAGCUCUCUUGCCAGCCAGGCUCAAGAUACUGCCAACAGCGCUUCGAAGCAAGCCUCCGAAGCAGCCGGCACAGUCCAAAAACAAGCCUCCGACCUCGGCUCUCAAGCCCAGAACCAAGCCUCCCACCUCGCCUCUGAAGCUCAAAAGCAAGGCAACAACCUCGCAUCCCAAGCUCAAUCCACCGCCAACACAGCAUCAAAGCAAGCUGGCGAAGGCGCAGGCACCGCGCAGCGACAAGCCUCUGACCUCGCAUCUCAAGCCCAAGAACAAGGCAGCAACCUCGCGUCCCAAGCCCAAGACCAAGCCAACAAAGCCGCCGACAGCACGCAGCAAGGCGCGAGCAGUGCUCUCGGCACUGCGGGCUCGUAUGUCGCUGCUGGUCUGGCGCAGGCGGGCGAGGCUAUUGGUAGUGGGGCGAGGUAUGUGGGAGGGCAGUUGCAGGGUGUGCAGAAUGAGAGCAUUGCGGGAAGUGCAAAGUAUGUUGGUGAGACGUUGGUCAGUGGGGGCAAUACGACUGAAGGGGCUUUGAAGGAUGCGGCGAAGACGGUGGAGAAGAAUACCCAGUAG